UUUCUCUCAAAAAAUAGAGAAAGAAAGAGAAUGAAUAGAAGCAUGAAAAAGAAUGAAGAAAAUUUAAUCCGAUCGAAUACAAUCUUGACGUCCGGAAUGACCCAUUCUCUCUCCAUCACUUUCUCUCUCUAAAACACUCACGAAUAAGCAGCAGAAGAAACCAGUACCUGGUGUUACUGAAUUCAGAACCUGAAUGCAAAGUUCAAAGUUUCUGAUCACUUACCAGAUUUUAUUGCUACUCAAUUUCUCAAUUUUCAACUCCCAGUGAGUCAUGGCAAGUCGUAACAGAUUGGUGCAAACGCCGUUUGAGUGCGAGCUCAUUUAAUUGAAGGUUGAAGAUUGAAGACUCUUAAAGCGUUUGGUCUUGGACUUUGGGAUGAAACACUGUCUGAGUUGAAUGUUAUCGCUGGUUUUGCGUCGUCAUUGUAGUUUAUUGAACUCAUGUUUUAUAGAAUAUAGUGUGCUGCUUAGGUGAUUGCUUGAAAGCUGAAAAAUUGAAAGAUGGUGGCUCCGGGUCCAGGGCCACCCACACCCAUUGGUGGUGGCCAGUCCGUUUCGCCUUCUCUUUUGAGAUCAAAUUCUGGAAUGCUAGGAGCUCAAGGAGGUCCCAUGCCUUCACAGUCUUCUUUCCCUUCGCUUGUGUCGCCGCGUACGCAGUUCAAUGGCAUGAACAUUUUAGGAAAUAUGACAAAUGUAACUUCUAUGCUGAAUCAAUCUUUCCCAAAUGGAGUUCAAAAUCCGGCACUCUCUGGUCCAGGUAGUAGCCAGCUUGGAGGGAUUGAUACUGGAGCUGAAACAGACCCACUCUCUAGUGUGGGCAAUGGAAUGAGCUUUAGUAAUGUUUCAUCCUCAUUUGUACAAUCAAAUAUGGGGAAUGCUGGUCCCUCCGGUCAAGGCCAGGGUCAACAAUUUUCAAACCCUUCUAGCAACCAGCUGUUGCCGGAUCAACAACAUUCCCAACAGCUUGAACCUCAGAAUUUCCAACACAAUCAGCAGUCGAUGCAACAGUUCUCUUCUCCUCUGAAUGCGCAGCAGCAUUAUCAAUCAAUUCGAGGAGGAAUAGGUGGUAUUGGACCUGUAAAGUUGGAGCCCCAGGUAAACAACGAUCAACUUGGUCAGCAGCAGCAACAGUUGCAAUCAUUGAGAAAUCUUGCUCCAGUCAAAAUGGAGCAACAACAGCUUCAUUCAAUGAGAAAUUUGCCACCUGUUAAGAUGGAGCCCCAACAUUCUGAUCAACCAAUGUUUUUGCAACAGCAACAACAGCAGCAAUUCCUCCACAUGUCUAGGCAAUCUUCUCAGGCUGCUGCUGCUCAGAUCAACCUUUUCCACCAUCAGAGGCUUUUGCAGUUACAGCAACAGCAACAGCAACAGCAACAACAACAACUCUUGAAGGCAAUGCCUCAACAACGGUCUCAACUACAACAGCAAUUUCAACAGCAAAAUAUGCCUGUGAGGUCUCCUGUUAAACCAGUAUAUGAACCGGGGAUGUGUGCUAGGCGGUUGACACAUUACAUGUAUCAGCAACAACAUCGACCUGAAGAUAACAAUAUCGAGUUCUGGAGGAAGUUUGUUGCUGAGUAUUUUGCUCCCAAUGCCAAGAAGAAGUGGUGUGUUUCCAUGUAUGGAAGUGGCAGACAAACAACUGGGGUUUUCCCUCAGGAUGUAUGGCACUGUGAAAUAUGUAAUCGCAAACCUGGCCGUGGGUUUGAGGCAACUUUUGAGGUUCUUCCCAGGCUUUUCAAGAUAAAGUAUGAAAGUGGUACUUUGGAAGAGCUACUUUAUGUUGACAUGCCCCGUGAAUACCAUAAUGCCUCUGGCCAGAUUGUUCUAGAUUAUGCAAAAGCAAUACAAGAAAGUGUUUUUGAUCAACUUCGUGUUGUUCGUGACGGUCAACUUCGUAUAGUCUUCUCUCCAGACUUAAAGAUAUGCUCGUGGGAAUUUUGUGCUAGGCGCCAUGAAGAGCUUAUCCCCAGAAGAUUGUUAAUACCUCAGGUUAGUCAGCUUGGAGCAGUGGCUCAAAAAUACCAGGCUUUUACUCAAAAUGCAACGCCCAAUAUAUCUGUUCCAGAGUUACAAAAUAAUUGCAAUAUGUUUGUUGCAUCAGCCCGUCAAUUGGCUAAAGCCUUAGAAGUUCCUUUAGUUAAUGAUUUAGGAUAUACGAAGAGAUACGUCCGCUGCCUACAGAUAUCAGAAGUGGUAAAUAGUAUGAAAGACUUGAUAGAUUACAGCAGAGAAACAGGGACAGGACCUAUGGAGAGCUUAGCCAAAUUCCCUCGGAGAACCAGUGGUUCAUCUGGAAUUCGCAGUCAAUCACAACAGCAUGGAGAUCAAUUACAGCAGCAGCAGCAGCAGCAGCAGCAACAACCGCAAAUGGUGGGCCAUAACUCAAAUGGUGAUCAAAACUCAUCACAAGCUGCUGCCAUGCAAAUCACUUCCAGCAAUGGCAUGGUUAGUGUAAAUAACGCUGUCAACUCCGCAUCCACAUCAACUACCACAAGCACUAUUGUUGGCCUUCUCCACCAGAACUCUAUGAAUUCUAGACAACAAAAUUCAAUGAGCAAUGCAAACAGUCCAUACGGAGGUAGUUCUGCUCAGGUUCCAUCCCCAGGUUCCUCCAGUACUGUGCCACAGUCCCAGCCAAACUCAUCUCCUUUUCAUUCACCUACACCAUCCUCUUCAAAUAACCCUCCACAAACAUCUCACCCUGCUUUAUCGCCUGCCAAUCACAUGAGCACAACAAACCCGCCAGCUAAUAUUCCCAUGCAACAAAACCAACAACAGUCAUCACUUUCCGGUGAAGCUGAUCCUAACGAUGCGCAGAGCUCCGUCCAGAAAAUCAUACAUGAGAUGAUGAUGUCAUCCCAGAUAAAUGGCAGCGGUGGAAUGGGAGGUGUUGGUUCUCUUGGAAAUGACAUGAAGAAUAUAAAUGGUGUGCUGCAAGGGAAUGCCCAUAUAGGACACAACACCAGCAAUGGCCCGCUGAACAGUAAUAAUUCGGGUGUCGGGGUUGGUGGUUAUGGAACAAUGGGUCUUGGUCAAUCCUCUAUGCCUAAUGGAAUGAGAGCUGCAAUGUUAAAUAAUUCAGUCAUGAAUGGAAGAGGAGGAAUGUCAUCUAGGGAUCAAGCUAUGAAUCACCAACAAGAUAUGUCAAACCAACUACUUAGUGGGCUAGGAGCAGUAAAUGGGUUUAGUAAUCUUCAAUUUGAUUGGAAACCUUCUCCUUGAGAGCCUUUGUGGAUGGUUAUGGAUGUUGUGGUUCUCGGCUGCAGAUUCUGCAGCAUGAGCAAUGCCCUUUGGGAUGGCAGAAGGCAAUCGGGUAGUGAUAGGGCGUAGGCCACUGUGCCAUGAUAUGAUUAUAUAUAUUUGAAUGGAAAUAUGUGGGGCUGAGGGGGCUGAGUUUUCUUGUGAAUUCAAGUGUAACUUUUUAUUAGUUUUUUUUUUCUUUUUUUUUUUUAACUUUGAAACUUAUCCUUGGAUGCACUGGCGCAUGUUUGGAAGGUGACAAGUUUUGGGCUACUAAAAGUAACUGGUGGUUGGGAGAAUAGUUAGAUAUCAUCUCAAGGGAGAUCAAUUUGAGGUUUCCUCUGCGGAAUGAAGGUAUCAAUAUUCAAACUCUGAAUGAAGUCUGUUCAUGCAAUGUAACCUUUACAGAGUGAGAGAAAGGGUGCAGGUAUUAUUUAAAGUGUUGAAACCAUAGAUGGAAAGAUGGUCUUUAAUUAUAAACAGACUACCUUUUGCGUGUAGGGCUGGAAAAGAAUGGAAGAGAAUGAAAAUUAACAAUGGCAUAAUUCUCAUUUCUCCCA